UCAUCUCACUGCUUCCACCACCGCCGCUUGUAUCCAACACUGCAGAUAUUCCAUUUUCCGGCUAUCAGUGCCCAGCAUAGAUGGUUGGUAUCGCUCGAAGCCGAGGCUGUGCCACCUGCAGAAAGCGUAAGAUCGCUUGCGGGCUCGAGCGACCGGUUUGCGCUCAAUGCAUCAAGUCGAGGCGGGAGUGUCCUGGUUACAGACAGUACCCCAUAUUUAUCACUCACAAAACACCUCAAGUUGAGAACAACCUCAAGCCGGUUGCGGGGAAGGGGGCGGGUCCCCCUGUCGAGAAACAGUCCGUUCAUCUUCGAAACACAUUGAAAGGUUUCGAUGCAUGUCCAGACCAGCCUACCGCCAUUGGUAAAUCUGGCCAAGUCACAGCCCUAUUUUCUCCAGAUCGGCAAGUGUCUGCAACUCCCGCCAUCCGACAGCAGCUGCUCCAGGAAUAUCUGCACCUGCAUCUGCCUGAAGGAAAUGUCGGGCUAAUGCGGCGGAGGAUGUGGCUGUUACGUCUUCCAGAACUUACUUACAUGACAUCUGCUCUGGAGUUCUCCACAAUGGCUUUAUGCCUAGCAAAGCUGAGCGAUGUAUACAACGAUCAGUCCUUGAAAUAUGAGAGCCUGAAGUUAUACAACCACGGACUCCAUCAACUUCAAAAGGCCCUCUGGGAUCCAGAGCUGAUGCUCCAUGAUCAAACGCUGGCUGCCUGCAUCGCACUCGCAACUUAUGAGAUGAGCCAGUGUCCGGGUGACUCCAAGAACGCUUACAUCAGUCACACACGAGGUUGCGAGACACUUGUGAAAACUCGAGGUCCCGAAGCUCAUACCGAAGGCUUGGGACAUCAGAUUUUUGUGCAUUUCCGCAUACAAGGGGUCUUGUACGCAUUGGAUCAAAAAGUAGGCACUUUCCUCUCCGAGCCUGCUUGGCGUGAGACUCCCUGGCGCAGUGAACCGAAAACAUGGUUUGACCGGGUAUACGGCUAUCUGGCACUUGCUCCUGGACUGCUAAGACAAGCUGACAUGUUUCCACAUCUGGACAUUGACGGACAGCUGGAACUAGCACUGCACAUGAUUCCUCAUUGCUGGAAGAUGGAUCGAGAAUUGGACAUGCUUUCAGAGAGCCAGAGGGAGACCAUUUCUGGGCCUUUCUACUGGCCCGAACCAUUGCCAGACGACACAAGCAGCAAUGAUUACGACGAAAGCCUUUCCCCAGUGGCCUUCCACUUUCCAAACCUGGCCAUCGCAAAUUGCGUCAUGGUACAUUGGUCUGUCCAGACGAUGCUAUGGCACGGGAUGGUCCAGCUGUAUCGUCUGAUGAACGAGCUCAAGCUCACUUUUGCCACUUUGGGUAGGGUAGAGGAUGAAGUCGAUCCAGAUUCGGCCAUGGGCAGACUACGAUCGCUGAUGAACUGCAAGGGAGACGUCUUUGAUCUUCCUCCUCUACAACACCGCGCGGACUUUGCGGCUCCUGCCCGGAAUAUUCUCCAGUCGGUAGAAUAUUGUAUGCUGGACAAGAUGGUCGAUCAAGGCCCAAAGAUAAUGGCUGCACCGUUGAGGAUUGCAAUCGAGACUUUGAGACCAUAUCCUCAAUUCACGCAGGAAGUAGAAUGGGGUGAACGAGCCAUGGCCAGGGUUCAGCAACGAUCACUGCGGCUGCUCGUUUAUUAUACUGGGAUUCGAUAAGUAGCUGAAUACGUGAUGCUCUGAGCACUCUGUGUCAUGUUUCAAAUAUCGAGCGACCUCGGUUUUGCGAUGUGUUAUAUGUACAGUUGUAUCCUGUCCCUAUACAGACAGCACUCCUGGGAUGUGCUCAGUGUUGGCUUCCUUUUGGAAAAGGUCGCUUCGUCGAUCUGAUAGUGUUCGGGCGAGAAUGAAAUGCCUGCAGCAUAUUCCCUGUCUUUUCUUGCUUUCCUGUCUAUUCGCUCUUCACGAGCGUGGUGACUUUGUCUUCGAUCUCCUUGGCCGAAAGUCCUGCGGUAACUCGGUCAGCUGCGGCAGUCGAU